AUGGCAACACCACUUGUUUAUAGACUUGUUUCAUUGCCUUUCAUAUUUCAUUUCACCUUAACCACUGCCACCAUCAUAACCUCAUCUAUUAACCCAGUGUUUCUCAUACACUAUGAGUCAACACUAUCACUCUACAAUUCAAAAGACACCACUUGGGAUCAUUACUCGCAUAAAAUGCUUAAGCAAACUUCUAGUAAUGAAUAUAUCUCCAAUCUUGUUCCUAGCCCUAGAAAUGUUGUGUUCUUAAUUAAUUUCUCCAUAGGUGAACCACCUGUUCCAUCACUUGCUGUCAUGGACACUGGUAGCAGCUUUACAUGGGUUAUGUGUCAUCCUUGUUCAUCUUGUUCGCAGCAAUCUGUUCCAAUAUUUGACCUCUCAAAAUCUUCCACAUAUGCUUUGACAUUCAGUGAAUGUAACAAAUGUGAUGUGGUGAAUUGUGAGUGUCCAUGCAGUGUGGAGUAUGUUGGGAGUGGUUCAUCAAAAGGGAUCUAUGCAAGGGAGCAAUUAACUUCAGAAACCAUAGAUGAAAACGCAUUCAAAGUUCCUAGUUUGAUAUUUGGAUGUGGUCGUGAGUUUAGUACAUCAUCAAAUGGUUACCCCUACCAAGGAAUCAAUGGGGUGUUUGGACUUGGUAGCGGAAGGUUCUCGUUGCUACCUAGCUUUGGUAACUUAAGAAAUAUUAAUCAUAAGUUUAACAUAUUGGUCUUGGGGGACAAAGCCAAUAUGCAAGGUGACUUAACUAAUUUGAAUGUGAUCAAUGGUUUGUAUUAUGUUAAUCUAGAAGCUAUAAGCAUAGGAGGGAGAAAGCUUGAUAUCAAUCCAACCGUGUUUGAAAGAUCAAUAACAGAUAAUAACAGUGGAGUGAUAAUUGACACUGGAGCAGACCAUACAUAG